AUGGCAAUCCAAGAUUUCUUUGUAAGCGGUAUAACUGGAUUACUGAAAAAUUUAAGUUAUGUUGUUUCCCAACAAAUUAGUGAGUCUUGGGGUGUCAAAGAUGAUCUGGAAAAACUUAAAGGUACUUUGGAGAUGAUAGCGGCUGUAACAAUGGAUGCUGAGAACAAGCAAGGAGAAUCUGAGGUUGUGAGUCUUUGGCUACAAAGGCUCAAGGAUGUAGUGUAUGAUGCUGAUGAUGUUCUGGACGAGUUUUCGUAUGAAGCCAUGCGUCAAAUUGAAUUGUGUGGCAACGAAAAUAAGGUAUCAUCCAACUCAGUUGCCUUUAAUUUCAAGUUGGGUCAGAAAAUAAAAAUUAUAAACAAGAGGCUAGAUGAUAUUUCUAUGGAGAUCCAAAAGUAUCAAUUAAUUCCUAUUCCUGAUGGUUACAUUUAUGAGCAUAACACUGUCCAACAAAACCGUCUGAUUUCAACCUUCUCAAAUGAAUCAAGUUUUCUAGAAAGAGAAAUUGACAAGUCAGCCAUUAUAAAUUUGUUAACUACAAUCCAGGAAUCAUCCUUCAUGAAACUUUCUGUCGUCUCCAUCGUGGGUAUGGCUGGAAUAGGAAAAACUACACUUGCUCAAAUGGUCUACAAUGAUAACGCAAUAAUUCGUUUCUUUAAUGAACAAUUUUGGGUCAAUCUGUCUGAUGAUUUUGAUUUCAAAAAGAUCCUAAUAAGCAUAAUUGAGUCGGUUACCAAUAAGAAGUGUGGUGAUAUAUCAAAUGAAACGGUCUUAGUUAACAAACUUAAAGAAGUGUUGAGCAACAAAAAUUAUUUAGUAGUACUUGAUAAUGUGUGGAAUGAGGAUGCAGAGGAAUGUGAUAAACUUAAGGGUUCACUUAUUGUGGGUGCUCAAGGGAGUACGGUCUUAGUCACUACACGUAGCAAAGUAGUCUCUUCAAUUGUCCAAGAUAAUACCCUACCAUACAUCCUAAAAGAGUUACCAGAUUGUGUUUGUUGGUCUAUCAUCAAAUCUAAAGCAUAUUACCCAGGUGGAGCAUUAGAGACUCAAAACAUGACAUGUAUAGGAGAGGAAAUUGCAAGAAAAUGUGGUGGUUUGCCCCUAGCGGCGAAUGUUCUUGGGGGUCUUAUGCGCUUGCAUAAAACUGAAAAUGAUUGGUUGUCACUAAGAGACCACAGUAGUUUGAGCGCAACAGAUGCAUCAAUCAAAAUCAUAUCAAUAUUAAAAUUGAGUUAUGAUAAAUUACCUUCACAUUUGAAACUUUGUUUUUCCUAUUGUUCUAUAUUUCCAAAGGAUUGGAAGUUUGAUAGGGAAAUAAUGAUUCGACUGUGGAUGGCUGAAGGGUUCCUUAAUCCAUUUCAUGAAGGAAACCAGUUAUCACUAGAAGAUGUUGGUAAUUACAGUUUCCAUAGUUUGUUGGCCAGUUCGUUCUUUCAAGAUGUAACAUUAGAUGAGUUAGGAGAUAUCGAAUCAUGUAAGAUGCAUGUCUUAGUGCAUGAUCUUGCCAAGAGUGUCAACGGUGUUCAUGGUAUCAAGAUUGUGAAUUCUGCUGCCGGAAUGGAAUCCAUUUCUAAAUAUCGGCGUUUACAGUUAGAUUUAGACGAGAAUACAUCAAAAACAUUUUCAGAAUUCUUGAAAAAUGCAGAAAGUUUGAAGUCCUUUUUUUCUCUUAAAAAUGAUCAUUUGGGAGAACAUUUACUUUAUGGCAAGAAUCUGCGGGUAGUUUGUUUGCUUCAUCAGCAUACUCUAGAUAUUCAGUCUUGGGUUUUUAAGAAUAAGCAUUUGAGGUACCUUGACCUGUCUUAUUGUAGUUUUGAUGAAAGACAUGAUGUAUCCGUUAAUCAACUUUACAAUAUGCAGACAUUAGUGCUUCAGGGAUGCAAAAAUGUUAAGAUGAUUCUCGUAGGCAUUGGGUCUCUGAAGUUAUUAAGGCACCUAAAUCUCUCAUAUUCGGAUAUCGAAAAGCUACCUGAUUCUGUCGUUCAGCUUACUAAUUUGCAAACAUUAGAUCUAUAUUUUUGUGAAAAACUAGUGGAAUUACCUGCAAAUAUUGGGGCUAUGAAAAAUAUAAGACGGUUGAAACUUGAAGACUGUGAAGCUUUAGCAACUUUACCUGGAGAACUCGGAACACUGACACGAUUACGGUGUCUGGAUAUUUCCGGUACUAAUAUCAAAGUAUUGCUUGAGGCAUGCAUUAGAAACCUUUUCAAUUUGGAGUUGAUCAAUUUUGGGAACUGUGAGCUUCCCAAAGAAAUAAAAAAUUUGCCAAAAUUGAGAAUUUUUAAACAUUGGAGAGAUGACAAAGAUGAUGAAAUGCCUAGAGGUAUGGAAACUCUAACUUCCCUUGAAGUGUUAGACACCUUUAUGGUUAGAAAACAAGGAACCAUCUCUAAUCCUGAUGAUAGUGGAAUUAAAGAAUUGGCCAACUUAAACUCUCUUCAAGUGUUAGACAUUCGCAAUAUGGAAUUUGUGAGAGGUGGUAUUGACGCAGAGAGAGCAAAGCUAAAAGAUAAGAUAAACCUCUGUGAUUUGUUUUUAAGGUGGAGCUCCUUUUCCCGUUCUAAUGGCGGUAGGCUGACGUUUGAUCACACUUUGGAUGGUCUCCAACCUCAUCAUAACUUGAAAAACAUGAGAAUAUAUCAUUUUCCUGGUUUAAACCUUCCGAAAUGGAUGGGUUCAUCCAUCUGCCUUCCGAAUUUAGUGGAAAUAAGGCUUGAGUAUUGCAGUAGUUGUGAGAAGCUACCAGCGUUAGGUAUACUCCCAUGUCUUAGGGUUCUCUCUAUUUGGAGUAUGUGGUCAGUGCGGUGCUUGGGCAAAGAGUUUUAUUACCAGCAACAAGAAGGAGAAAGAAUCAGCAACGGCAACUAUUAUGGCAGUGGCCCUGGUACGGAAAAUGAAAUAACUUUUUUCCCUUCGUUAAUUCAUUUGAGUAUUUACGGUAUGGAAAAUCUAACAGAAUGGGUUGUUCCUGUUCGGGUUUAUGAUUCAUUUCCUUACGUCAGGUAUAUAUCAUUUCCUUCCCUUGAGAAGCUAGAAAUUGGUGCCUGCCCGAACCUGAGAAGCACGCCACAAUCAUUUCCUUCCCUUGUGGAACUAGAAAUCGAGAGGUGCCCCAAGCUAAGAAGUCCACCAACCUCAUUCCCUUUUAUUAGGGAAUUGAAUCUACAAGACACCGACCGCAUGGCAAUAGCCUCUAUCUUAGAUGAUUCCAGUUACUUUAGCUCCCUCACAUCCAUAUACAUAUCAGAAUGUCCAAAUCUAAGAUACAUCCCAAUGCGCAUACUCCAAUGCUGUACUCCGAAUUUUCAGGAACUAUCUAUUUGGGGUUGCUCAAAGUUUCGAGGUUUUCUUCAUGAUUGUGAUCUGAAGUACUUCAGUUAUUAUGAAGAUGAUGAACGUGAUUACACUUAUUUUUCGUCUGGUAUUGGACUUAUCCCCAAUUCUAUCCACUCAUUAGAAUUUGGUUGCUGUCCUGUUUUGACUAUCCUUCCGGAUUUACAGUAUUUUACUUCUCUCCGGAAAUUAAGGAUACAUAAGUGCGACAAACUGAAGGAGUCACUGCGAUACGAUCUCAAGAAAGCUCUUCCUUUUGUUCAAGAAUUUGAAGUUGACUUUCUUCAAAGAGAAGAAGAGAACGUACAAGGUUCUAGUAUUUGA